AUGGCGAGGAAGCGCAGCAGGCCUUCGUUGUCUUUCACGGUUUUCUUUCUCGUGUUCCUCUUUUGCGGCGUAUCCUAUGCUCGGCUUAUCAGCGACGGUUCAGAUCCCGUCGCCGCCGAUGGGGUUUACGGUCAGUCUCAGUUCAUCCGGCUGUUUAAUUCCGCGGCGGAGGAGAAGUGUGAGCAGACGUAUGGGUUCCUGCCUUGCACCACCACUGCGCUUGGGAAUUGCUUCCUGAUUGUGGUCUAUGGCUAUCUUAUGUUCCUUGCCGCCACGUAUCUCUCCAACGGGAGUGAGCUUCUGCUUGAAAUUCUGGGCCCUGGCCUCAUUGGUGGCCUCUUUCUUCCCAUACUUGGUGCUCUUCCUGAUGCCAUGCUUAUUCUCGUAUCUGGGCUAUCUGGAAGUAAAGAAACUGCACAAAGCCAGGUUUCAGUAGGAAUUGGUUUGCUAGCUGGCUCUACAGUCAUGCUUCUCACCACUAUAUGGGGCACAUGUAUGGUUGUGGGCAAGUGUGACUUGAACAACAAUGUGGCCGUAGAUUCAAAGGAUACCAAAGGAUUUAGCUUGACAGGUUCUGGUGUUAGUACUGAUAUCUGGACAUGCUACGCGGCUAUAAUCAUGGCUGUUUCUGUUGUCCCGUAUAUUAUUGUCCAAUUUCCUAUAAUCUUACACUCCACAUCGGGAAGACACUUGGCUGUCCUGAUUGGCCUUAUAGUCUCUGUUUUGCUUUUGAUUGCCUAUUGUGGAUAUCAGGUAUUUCAACCUUGGAUACAAAGGAGAAGGAUUGCUUUUGCGAAGCAUAAACAUGUAAUUUCUGGUAUUCUCAAGCAUCUGAGAAUGCGUGCUCUGGGAAAGCUUUGCUCGGAUGACGGGACAAUUAAUAAAGAAGUGCUGGAAAAGCUAUUCCUGACAAUAGAUGAGAAUGGUGAUGGACAUCUCUCACAUUCUGAAUUAAGAGCGUUGGUCAUAGGAAUUCGCUUUGAUGAGAUAAACUUGGAUCAGGAUGAUGCUCUUGAAAAAGUGAUGAAGGAUUUCGAUACUUCUGAAGAUGCUCAGAUCAGUUUUGAUGAAUUCUGCUCUGGUGUUGAGAGAUGGCUGCAGGAAGCUAGGGGAUUGAAACCUUCUUCGCAGGCUGGUGCGAGUACAAUGAAGUACUUGGAUGACUUUCAUGAGCAAACAAGGCGAGAUCAUUACUUUUUGGGGGAGCAGGAGCAGGAUCAGAGCGACGAGAUUGUUGAGGGUGUUGAAAAUCCUCAAAGGACCUCUUUGAAGGCUGUAUUGCUGUUAUUGCUGGGUACUGCUAUAGCUGCUGCAUUUGCGGAUCCCUUGGUCGAUGCAGUUGAUAAUUUCUCAAGUGCCACUAGUAUUCCUUCCUUUUUCAUCUCAUUCAUAGCGUUGCCACUAGCAACUAACUCAAGUGAGGCAGUAUCAGCAAUUAUCUUUGCCAGCAGGAAGAAGCUUAGAUCUGCCUCUCUAACAUUUUCGGAGUUAUAUGGAGCAGUCACCAUGAACAACUUGUUGUGCUUAUCAGUCUUCUUAGCACUUGUAUAUGUUAGGGGGCUAACAUGGGAUUUCUCAUCAGAAGUGUUGGUUAUCUUGAUUGUUUGCGUUGUGAUGGGAGUUUUCGGCAGUCUACGUACAACAUUUCCUCUUUGGACAUGUCUGAUAGCUUUUCUGCUCUACCCAUUCUCUCUGGCACUUGUCUAUGUCCUGGACUAUGUUUUUGGCUGGUCGUAG